ACACCGCACCCCAGACCACUUCCCCGUCCGGCCCUGGAGGGGUAGUGCCGGCCGGGCUGGCGCCGAGGGACACGGCAGGGCCGCGGCCACUGUGCUGAGCAAGCCUUUCCAUGGAGGAUGCCAGCGAGGACCCCACCACAUUCACUGCCCAUUCUCUGCCCAGUGACCCCCGGCUCUUGGCUGCUGUGACCAAUGCGUACCUGGGCACACGUGUGUAUCACGAUACACUCCAUGUGAGUGGCGUGUACAAUGGGGCUAGGGGGGACACGCACCGGGCCAUUCUGCCCAGUCCCCUCAACGUCCGGCUGGAAGCCCCUGCAGGGACAGGAGAGCAGCUGACUGAGAGCUUUGUCCUGGACACUAGCACAGGCUCCUUCCUGCAUGCCCUGGAGGGCCCCAGCUUCCGGGCCUCCCAGCGCAUCUAUGCCCACCGCACGCUGCCUCACGUCCUGGCCUUCAGUGUGUCCAUCACCCGUGUGGCCGCAGGGAGCUGGCCCGUCUCGGUGCUGCUGCGGUCAGCCUUUUCCCCAGAAAGCCCGGACCUGUACCUGUACCAGGGUCCAGACUUCCUGGGAGCCCGGUACCUGUAUGGCCACACGCUCAUCCCUGAGCAGCCUGGGGGGCUGCAGCAGGAGCUGCACAUGCUGUGGACACCAGUGCCCCCAGCCCUGACCCUCGGGGAAGGCGAGGAGGACAGGACCUGGGAGUUCCUGACCGUGGUGGGUGGCAGCCAGGCUGAGGCCCGGGCCUGCCUCGCCGAGGCCCUGCAGCUGCAGGCCAGGGGUGCUCUGUACACCGCCCACACCCAGGCCUGGGCCCAGCUCUGGGCAGGCUGUGGCCUGGAUGUGGUGGGGCCCCUGCCCCUGCGCCAGGCCCUGCGUGGUGCCCUCUACUACCUGCUCAGCGCCCUGCCGCAGCCCGGGGCCCCAGGAUACAUCUGCCACGGCCUCAGCCCUGGGGGCCUCUCCAAUGGGAGCCGUGAGGAAUGCUACUGGGGCCACGUCUUCUGGGACCAGGAUCUCUGGAUGUUCCCGAAUGUCCUGGUGUUCCACCCAGAGGCCGCGAGGGCUCUCCUGGAGUACCGCAUCCGGACGCUGGGCGGGGCCCUGGACAACGCCCGGACGCUGGGCUACCAGGGAGCCAAGUUUGCCUGGGAGAGCACGAGCUCCGGCCUGGAGGUCUGCCCUGAGGACAUUUAUGGGACCCAGGAGGUCCACAUCAACGGGGCAGUGGUGUUGGCCUUCCAGCUGUAUUACCACGCCACCCAGGACCUGCAGCUCUUCCAAGAGGCUGGUGGCUGGGACGUGGUCAGUGCUGUGGCUGAGUUUUGGUGUAGCCGUGUGGAGUGGAGCCCAGAGGAGGAGAAUUACCACCUGAGGGGAGUCAUGCCCCCCGACGAAUACCACGCAGGAGUCAACAACUCUGUGUACACCAACGUCCUGGUCCAAAACAGCCUGCGCUUUGCUGCGGCCCUGGCCCAGGACCUGGGUCAGCCCGUCCCCAGCCGGUGGCUGGUGGUGGCUGAUAAGAUCAAGGUGCCCUUUGACCCGAAGCGGAACUUCCACCCUGAGUUUGAUGGGUACCAGCCUGGAGAGGAGGUGAAGCAGGCAGAUGUCGUGCUCCUGGGGUACCCUGUUCCCUUCCCCCUGAGUCCUCAAGUUCGCAGGACAAACCUGGAGAUUUAUGCGGCUGCGGUAUCCCCCCGGGGCCCCGCCAUGACCUGGAGCAUGUUUGCCGUGGGCUGGAUGGAGCUGAAGGACCCUGGAAAGGCACGUGACCUCCUGGAGAGGAACUUUGCCAACAUCACCGAGCCCUUCAAGGUGUGGACGGAGAAUGCAGACGGGUCGGGCGCCGUGAACUUCCUGACCGGCAUGGGGGGCUUCCUGCAGGCAGCGCUCUUCGGUUUCACGGGGUUCAGGAUUACCAGGGCCGGGGUGACCUUCGACCCCAUGUGUCCAGCGGGCGUCUCUGGAGUGUGCAUCUGGGGCAUCUCCUACCAGGGGAGCAAGCUUGACUUCUCCUUCUCCAAGGACACUGUGACAGUCGAGGUCACAGCCCCCACAGGGCCCGGGGCCGCCCCGCUGGAGGCUGAGCUGUGGCCAUCACUGGCUCGGCUCCCCCUGCCCCCAGGACACAAGAUUUCCUUUCCCUGUUCAGCUGGCCGGAUACAGAGGUCACUCUCAUAGGAAGCUGGGGCAGCAGGUUCUGCUCCAGGAGUUUCCUGCAAGAACUUUUUGAAGACCUUAGAGGCCUGCUCCAGAGCCCACAGGACCGCCUGUGGACACUCUUGGGCCCUCCAGCCCCACCGAGUCCCUCACCAGAUGCUGUCCUGGCACUGCCCCUAAAUGACCAGGGCUGUUGGCUCCAGGGAUGUUCUCGGGUCCUUCCCUCUGGCCACUCCCUCUGCAGGUGCCCUUCUUCGAUGCCCUCUUGGCCUGCCAUCCCCCUCACCCACCCUGCCCCUGGCAGCCAGGCACGCGGGCUCCAGGGAAAGUCUGGAUUCUGUGGCCUGAAGUUCACGACAGUCUUCAUCUCACCUGAGCCCCUCCCAGCCUAAGUCCCCUUGAUGAGCGGCUUCCCUAUGGCCUCCCACACCAGCCACAUCUGCAUCUGCUGUCCCUCAGUGCCCCUUCCCCAGGACGCCACAGGACAGGGCUGGGGAGAGGCUCUGCUGAGAAGGCAGAGGAAGGCACAGUCCUCCAUG